AUGGAAGAGGUGAAACAAAAAUCGGCGGAACUCCUGAACGGUCUUACGAAAACAGAUUUCCGGCACUGCCUCGAGCAAUGGAAGAAACGAAUGAAACGGCGUGUGGCGAGGGCAGGGGAGCAUAUUGAAGGGCAGCAUUUGAAUGCAGAACAACUUUUAUAA